CAGAGCACGUGAAGUCAGAGCAGCUCAGUCUCCGAAGCUCUGCCAGUGGAUUAACAGGAGCAAAGCGUCAUGCUGUUUCUCCCGUUUUCCACAGCUCACUGGAAGUAAAAGAACUCUGGCUAGAGGCCCUCCUGAGGACAUAGCCAAAGCCACACAAGAGUGAAGUUCAUCACUGGACAGUCAGCCCAGAGUCUAAUGAAGUUGAUAAGCAGCUGCCAUGCUCCAAAAACACUAAAUGCCAAUAAUAUGGAGACAUUAAUUGAAUGUCAAUCAGAGGGUGAUAUCAAGGACCAUCCACUGUUGGCAUCAUUUGAGAGUGAAGACAGUAUUUGCCAGCUAGUUGAAGUUAAGAAAAGAAAGAAGGUGCUGUCCUGGCCCUUUCUCAUGAGAAGGCUCUCCCCUUCAUCAGAUUUUUCGGGGGCUUUGGAGCCCGAACUGAAAGUGUCACUAUUUGAUCAGCCCUUGUCAAUCAUCUGCGGUGAGAACGACACACUCCCCAGACCCAUCCAAGAUAUUCUCACCAUCCUAUGCCUAAAAGGCCCUUCAACAGAAGGGGUGUUCAGGAAAGCGGCCAAUGAGAAGGCCCGCAAAGAGCUGAAGGAGGGGCUCAACUCCGGGGGCGCCGUGGAUCUGGAAGGUCUCCCCGUGCACCUGCUGGCCGUGGUGCUUAAGGACUUCCUCAGAAGCAUCCCCCUGAAGCUACUCUCCUGUGACCUCUUUGAGGAGUGGAUGGGCGCCCUGGAGAAGCAGAAAGAGGAGGACAGAAUCGAGGCCCUGAAACAGGUUGCAGAUAAGCUGCCCCGGCCCAACCUCCUGCUACUCAAGCACGUGGUCUCAGUGCUGUACCUCAUCAGCAGGAACUCCGAGGUCAGCAAGAUGGACGCCAGCAACCUGGCUAUCUGCGUCGGACCCAACAUGCUCACCCGAGACAGUGACCAAGAUUUGUCAUUUGAAGCCCAGAAAGACUUGAACAAUAAGAUUAAGACAUUGGUGGAAUUCCUCAUCGAUAACUGCCUUGAAAUAUUUGGGGAGAACAUUCCUGCAAAAUCCAGUAUCACUUCUGAUGACUCCCUGGAACACACUGACAGUUCAGACGCAUCGACCCCGCAGAAUGACUCAGCCUACGACAGCAACGACCCCGACGUGGAAGCCAGCAGUGUCCUCAGCUCCCAGGUGCCCGCAGUGGCGGCUGCAGGCACGCACAUCGGGGAGCCCAUCAGCACGGUGGCCAGGCUGGGGGGCGUCCUCAGGCAGCCGGACAGGAGACACUCAGAACCUGGCACGUCAUCCUCACGAGAGUGCCUACAGAGCCGGAGAGCAAACCAAAAACUAACGAAAAGCCAGGACGACUUCACCAGGCCCCGGGCAGCCUGUCGUGUGCAAGGGAAGGAACCUGAAGACCCCUUCCCCGAGGAGGCCUUCGCUGCAGUGCAUGGCACAGGCAGGGGCCCGGGGGACCUGAAGACCAGGAACUUGCCCCAGGGCCCAGUGUGCCCACGGGGACCAGUGCCCAAGGCCUUUUCCAGUGGCUCGCUGGAUGGGUCCUCCGACAGCUCGCCCGUGGCCUCUCCUUCCAGUCCCAAAAGGAAUUUCUUCACCCGACAUCAGUCUUUUACCACAAAGACUGAGAAAAGCAAACCCAACCGAGAAAUUAAAAAACACUCCAUGUCGUUCUCCUUGGCCUCUCACAAGAAGCUGCUGAGCAAAGCCCCCAGUGCUGGGUCUGGGGGAUCCAAAGGCUUCCCCAGAGACCAAGCCAAGAAGGAUGUUAGAAAAGACAGCCAGCUCGCUGGCCGAGUCGUCCAGGAACACGGGUGUGGCAUCCACAGCCAGGCAGCCCCAGGCUUGGGCUUGAUGUCCUGUGCGCUCCUGGUGGACGAGGUGUUCCAGCAGGUGGAUCAGAGGAGCCCCGGAAGCCCGCCGUCCUAUGCAGAGGCCAUCCUGGGCCAGGCGUCUGGGCUCGCUGCCCAUGGAAGCCAAACGGUGGCAAGUAUGCGGGCCAGGGUGCUCGGCGGGGACUCCACAAGGCCACCUCUCCUGCCUCCUCAGCAGGGAGGGGACACGAGAAACAGAUGCAGUGCAGAGCCCCCUCACCAGCACAGACUCUCGCCCAUGACUGAGUGCUGGAAACAGAGCAGGACUGUCAGUGCUUCUGAGGAAAUUCUAGGACAUGUGACUGUACCCGGCAGACCUGAGCUCCACCGGCUGAGGACCGCGUCCGAGUCUCUGCAGAAAAAUAAGCAGGACUAUCUAAGGCGACAAUGCAGCCAGCCGCUCUUUGACGCUGUCCAGCUCCAAUAUGCUAAAGAAUCCUACAUUUAGGAACAGGGACCAUCCUCCAUGACAUAGCUUGUGGUAUCUCUGUAAAUACAUGACUAUCUAAAGAACUGCUUUUAGAUUCUGUUUUCAAAAAUGUCAUUGAAUAAGCUCCUUUAGAAAGUUGGGUAGAUUCCUCCUCAGUGAGGACAGCUGCACAAUGGUGGGCGUGUCGGAUGGUGUGUGUGCACCUGAAUCUGUGCGAUGUGUCACAAAUGAACAAAGUGUAUUAUGGUCAAGGUGUUAGGUGCAAAGCAUGUCUACAUAAAUCCCUGCACACCUUCGCUUGUGUACCUGCGGUAAAGUACAUUGCUGUUCUCUGCCUCCUGGGGCGGUUUUCUAUUGAUGAGUGUUUAAAAAUCAUCUUUGCUUUUUUAAAUGUUGCCUCAAAUGUCAUGCCAUUUGUCACAUUUUCCACAAACUCCACUUAGGGAAAAGUGUUUAAGUCUCUGGUAGUUUACUCUACUAAGCAGCCUUGUGAUAACUAAUCACCACAGUAGAAGAAACAGACUGCAAGAAAAAGAAUCCAGUGUUUGGCGUUAUCAAAGGUAUUACAAACUCCAGGAAAAGAAAAGGCCAUCGUGAAAAAUAUGAAAAGUACUUAAACAUAUUCUUUCAAUUAUCUCAUUAAAUUUCAUCUGAGGUAAAAUGCAUUACGUCAAUAUUAACUCAUUCAUAGCACUUUGAGUUUCUUUGCAGGUUAAUGAUGUCUUAUCCAAUAGUGUAGAGGUAAAUGAUUUUAGAUGCAUUGGGGGCCACAUAUAAACUUCAAUGUAAUUUCACUACAAUAAAUUGCCUUCCUUAUUCAAAGUAAAAA